GAAAUUUUUAUUUAACUCCGGUUUCACCUUAAUACGUGUAAUUCCGGGUUAUACGGAUUGAGGUGUUACAUUUUGGUAUCGGAGCAAAUGGUUUUAAAAACGGUUUUCGGAUCAUUGAGUCAGUAUUUUCAAAGUCCUGCACCCGCAUUCUCCACGACAUCUCUGCCCCGGGAAGUAAUCCAUUUUCCGCUAUCAGUUGAAAUUACCGGAACUGAUGAAAUUAUGGGACCUGAUGCCAAGGUAGAAGCAAUGAAAAUGGCGGAUGCGAAUCAACCCGAGAGAGUUCAAUCACUAGCUCAAAAAGGUGAAGCCGUUGUGCCGGCGGUAUACGUACAGCCGCCCGAUAACAGGUCCCGUAUCAACGUCAACGACUCCCUCCAUCCGGUGCCGACCAUCGACUUGAGCGCGCCGGCCGACCUCAUCCUCGGCGAACUACCGAAGGCCUGCAAGGAAUGGGGAGCCUUUCACGUAGUAAACCACGGAGUCUCCGUCGAAUUGCUGGAUGGUGCUAGGCGCGUCGGCCGAUCUUUCUUCCAGGACUAUCCUAUGCCGGAGAAGCUGAGGUACUCCUGCGAUCCGGAUUUGCCUGCUUCCGAGGGUUACGGCAGCAGAAUGUUGGUCGCCUCGAACGAUGCCGUUUUGGACUGGAGAGAUUACUUUGACCAUCACACGCUGCCGCUCUCUCGCCGCGAUCCAUCUCGCUGGCCCCACUUUCCUUCCGAUUACAGUACUCAAACUGCUCUAGACACACCAUCGGGGUUCUUCACGGUCCAUCUGGCAUCUUUGAAGAAGGGGCUGCGCUUCCCACUCCACCCGUUGUUGAUUGAAUUCCUCAACGUGGUGGACCUUCUCCCGUGCCAACUGGUCCCCAACUCUCACCGGUACAUUGCCGGUUACCUGGUCCGGUGCAAAGAUGUAGGGGUGAAGCCGACCUUGGACCAUUUCAUAUUCACCUUCAAACUUACCAAGGGCCAUAAAGAUUGGGCGUCCUAUGCCAGGCUUUCCCAGAGGUCUAGUAAACUCUUUGCUAGUGAUAAGAAGGGGUCAACCAAAGACUGGAAGCCUUUCUUUGUCUUCGUUUCGACGGGGCCCGAAUCUCCUUUCACGGGUUCAGGGCGCCCUUCCUUCCGCCGCAUCCCAUGCCCCCCACCUGAUGCCACCCUUUUGUCCAUCACUCGCCAAUUCUGCAAUAAGGGAGUUGUGAACAUUAAAGAGGUGGUGACAGAGGAAACCCUUGCCGGGUUGGGGUUUGAGUUUGUUCAGGAUGAGCUUCGCCACCAACCCGACCUACUGAGGGACAUUCUCGGGGGGCAUCAGCCUGACCAGCUGAAGGACAUUCCUGAGGAAGGUCUUGACUGUGGUCCUUUUGUGGAAUUACAAGAUUCAGGAGAAGAGAUGGAAAGCGAUCUCCUGCUCAGUCGCUUCACUGCAGGGAGGAAGAGGAAGAGAGAGACGAAGGGCCAGGGCAAGCGUUCUUCAUCCCACCGCGAGGAGGGUCCUUCUCGAGAGCCGGCCGUAAUUGUGGUGGAGGACCAAGAAGAUGCUACCCAGGAACCGGGUACCAUGGCUGGCCAAUCCCCUCCACACCCCGUGAUGCAGGGUGGCGACCUCGUCAGGUCGUCUCAGGGCAUUGCCUUGGAGCGACCUCCCUCGCCACCCGCAGUGACCUACGAGGUGGCGACCGGGGGUCGCUCGACGAGGCUCUGCAUCCCUCCCCUGCCCCAAAGCCUAGGGGACGUACAGCUGGAGACUCUGAUCACUCUGCCUGCAGAAGACCAGGCUCGUAUCUCAGCAGGCUCCGAGGACGACCUUGACAACAUGGUCCUUUUGAGGCUCAGUCAGGCUACGCUGGGGAUGAUUGAGGUGGUCGGCCGGAAACGGGGUCGCCAGUCCGCCGCGGAUGAGGUGAUGAAAGCAGCCGAGGCCAAGCAGAAGGAGCUGCAGGAAGAGGUCGCUCGACUCACAAGGGAGUUGGAGGAGAAAGAAAAUCGCUGCGCGGCGCUUGCUGUGGAGAAAGCUUCCCAGGAGAACCGCUGCGUCGCCCUUGAGGCAGACAAGGCCUCCUUGUCCUUGGAGGUAGAAUCUGUUUCUGCUCGCGUGGUCGAGCUGGAAGGUGAGAAAUCUGAUCUGAUCCAGCAGUUGGAAGUGGAGAGGAGCGAUCGGGUCCGCCAUGCAGAGGAAGCGGUAGAAUCCUUCAAGUCCUCUCUCGACUUCACGGUGGUCGCGAUGGAGCGGAUGGAAGAGCUAACGGCCGCUUGGCUCAAAACUGAACCUGGGGCUCAAUGGAUGGUCAAGGAGGGGACCAAGUCCUUCAAUUGCGGACUCUUCCGCGCCCAACAGGUCUUCCGCGACAGACUGGCCCAGCUCCCCAAAGGAUUCUCUCUCCCUGACCUUGGCUUCCCUCCUCCCUGCUGCUCCUUGGCCGAGUUCGACCCUAGUCCCUAUCUGGACGGGGGGAGCUCGAGUGCGUCGGAAGAAGAGGAAGAAGAAGAAGUGGAAGGUGGUCAGAGCGACCAGAAUCCAGGGGCCAGCUUAGCCAUGUCCAAAGCGGUUUGGGCCCAACUCCUAGUCCCGGCCCGUUUACCUGUCCGGGCCCAAUCUCUGGAUUGGCCAGCGUGCCGCCCAAUUGACCCAAUGCCCUUCACCGUUUCUGAUUGGACCUUCGCGCGGCUCAAAGCUGCUUUAUUGGUUCAGCUGCCUCGAGACUUGACCGUCUCUUCGGUUCCUUCGCCCUGGCUUAUCUAUAAGUCCCCUGGCCUCUACUCUGCUCCAUCACCAAAUAUCUUCCUUUCCUCCAUCCUUGCCAUGUCUGAAGGAAUUCCUGUUUCUCUGAAUCUUUCCGACGGGCCGGCUCCUUCUUCGCCGGAGCCUGCCUCCUCCCCCAAGUCAGUCAAUUCCAAUGACUGGGGGGGCUUGACCCUUACGAAUUCUGUCGCCGGCUGCCUCGCUGGCAGUGGCCGUCGGUGAAACCGCCGCCACUACCUCCAAACCCUUAUGAAGACUUUAGUGAGGCGUACAAGGCCCUCUCCGCCAACCGUCUACCUGACGGGCGGAUUGACUGGGAUG